UUAUUUCACCCAGGACAAAGUGCAGAGUUGUGUCUCUCGCUUCACAUAUGCGACUCUGGCUGUAAACCUACACUCACUUCCCUGAAAUGGAAACUGGGCGGAGAUCUCGUUCCUGAAGCUCGAAAGUGAAAGUAUAAGAAGCAUUAUAGAAGGCUUGAUGCUUUUUGUAGCUUGAUGGUUAACAUUAUCACAGGUGUGUAAACCGUGUAAGGCUUAUCAUUAUCGUAACCUAUGUGGGCUGUACAUGGACCAAUGAGAUUGCUCGCAUGUCGGCCCCUUCCUCAACUGUUCAUCGAGUGUGUGCCACGGACACCACCAUUUUUGAUCAAUGCUCAGGAGCCUCGGGACUGUCAGGAGCCUCGGGACUGUCAGGAGCCUCGGGACUGUCAGGAGCCUCGGGACUGUCAGGAGCCUCGGGACUGUCAGGAGCCUCGGGACUGUCAGGAGCCUCGGGACUGUCAGGAGCCUCAGGACCCAGAUGAUUCACAAAGAAUCAAACAGAACAGAAAAAGGAUGAUCAUUACAGGAGCAGCAGCAACCGUGGGAGCAACUGCAGCAGUGUUGGGGGCACCAGUAGCCCUGGGAGUGGCAGGUUUGACUACUGUUGGGGUUGCUGCUGGAGCAACUGCAGGGGGCGCCGCAAUAGGAACAGGUACAAUUGCUGCAGCAGCAACAGCAACAGUGGGAGCAGUUGCGGCAGUGGCAAUGGCACCAGUUGUCCUAGGAGCGAUAGGAUUCACUGCUGGUGGGAUUGCUGCUGGAUCAUAUGCAGCAAGCAUGAUGUCUGCAGCGGCCGUGGUAAAUGGAGGUGGGGUAGCAGCAGGGGGUCUUGUUGCUGCUCUACAGUCAGCAGGUGCUGCAGGGCUUUCAGGAGCGGCUACAGCGGCGGUGGGAGGUGCUGGAGCUGCGAUUAGUGGAGCCUUGGGAUGGGGGGCCGCAGGAGCAGGGUUCUCAGGAGCGGCAGCAGCUACUACAGCAGCUACGGCAGGUGCUGCAGGGCUCUCUGCAACGGCUACAGCAGCCGCGGGAGGUGUUGGAGCAGCAGUUGGGGGAACAGCAGGAUGGCUGGCCUCAAGGACAAGGACACCUGAAAAGGAGGAAGGAAAAGAUACAGGAGCAGCUACAGCAGCUGCUGCAGGAGGUCUUCCUCUAGGUGCCACAGGAGAGGCUACAAAGGCUGUGGGAGGUGUUAGAGCAGCAGUUGUUGGAGCGUCUGAAGGGGAGGGAGGAGUCGAGGAGAGAGAGCUUUCAGGAACGACUACAGUAGCUGCAAAAGGUGCUGCAGGGCUUUCAGGAGAGGCUACAGCAGCUGUGGGUCGUGUUAAAACAGCAGUUGGUGGAGCGGCGGGAUGGCUGUUCUCAAGAAUCAGGACGUCUAAAAAAGGAGGGAGCAGAGUAAAGAGGGAAGAGGGAGGAUGAGAAGAGGGCCCUUUACAUGAUGUCACAUGCAUAAUACAUAACAACUGUUGAUGUUAUGAAUGUUUUUUUUGUUGCUCCUUAAUUAUUAGUUAUUUUUAUAUUUUUCUCAUUGGAAGGUUGCAAGUUCAAACCCCCGAGCUGACAAGGUACAAAUCUGUCGUUCUGCCCCUGAACAGGCAGUUAAACCACUGUUCCCAGGCCGUCAUUGAAAAUAAGAAUUUGUUCUUAACUGACUUGCCUAGUUAAAAUAAAGCAAAAAAAUAUAUAUCAUUUUUAUUUCAGAUUUUUUAGUUUAUUUUAGAAAAUAUUUUCUUGAUUAAAAAAACAUGAGCAGGUGCAGAGUAAUAGUUUGUGUGGAGGUGCACUGUGCCUUCCUCAGGGUCUGAGUUUACAGUAAGUAUUUUCUCAACACAGUUUUUUCUUGGUUAAAAACUUCUUAGAUUUCUUUUUUAAGGGCUUGUAAGUAAGCAUUUUACUGUAAGGUCUACCCACACCUGUUGUAUUUGGUGCAUGUGUGAAAUAACACUUGAUUUGAUUUUGAUUUGAAUGAUUUCAUAAUGGUGUUAUGAGUGCAUAUGUAAACCCCCUUUUGGUGUUGCCAAAACACAUACUGGUAUAUACCCACUCAACAUGUAUUGUAAACAGAUGCAUGCACAUCCACGCAGAGGAACAAUUAUGCAUGUGACAAAAUAUUUAACAAACAUACUUUCAUAAUAUAAUAUAUAUAUAUAUAUAUGUAAUUUUCAUAACAUAAUGGAAACAUGUUUUUUUAGUUGUCACCAUACCCAGCCCUUUGACACACCAAACACAGAACAGGUGUGUAAAUGUGCUUUGCAGGUGUGGUUCCCUUGCACAUGCUGAAUAAAUGUAAUUCAACCACUGCAAACCCUCAUACUUCCUGGCAAACAAAUUUUCCGGUGGAGUUUCAUUCAAAUAAGUUUUCAGUACAUUUAUUUCUAAAUACAUCCCUUUAAAUUGGCUGAAAAGCACCUGUUAAGUCGAAUUUUCUCAGACUCACUAGAAUAUAUGGAGAGAAUGUUCCGAAUUUUAGAGAUCAAUGAAAGAAAGUAAUUUAAAUACACAUUCGUCUCACUUCAGCACUAAUUAAAAAAUACUCUGAUCUUGUAUAUUAUUUCGGGUCGGAAAGAAUUUAUGAAUAAAAAAACAGGUUUGAAAAGCCUUUACUUAGAGAAUUAUAUUGGUGAAUCAAAAAUACGGUGGUUUGAUUCAUCCUGAAAGUUUACAUAUUCAAUUGGUCAAUCCAUUAAAUAUUGGAAGGUGAGAAAAGUGUACAAUAGGGGUUGAACAGGAGUCCUAUAAAUCUACCCUAAUAAUUGUCACUAAUUACAGAUGACAACGGUCCAGUAGUCGUGAACCAUGCGCCAGACUCCAGGUUUUAUACUGCUAGGUAUGGUCUGCGUUCCAUAAAGAUUCAUAUAGGCUACAUGCCCUUAAUUAUUGCACAACAUGUAAUACGUCAGCGUAAUAUGAUCCACUAUUGCUAGCAAUACUAAGGAACAACUACACAAACAUGACAGAGGAAAGAUUUAACAAUGGAAUUAUGAGUGGCGUCUUUAGGCCUAGGUUUCCGGGGCUUCAGCCCAAGAGGUUUUUGUUCCGGAAAGAAAUUGUUUUUCUGACUGAACCACAUAUCUUUUGACAGUAACGCAGUGUCCCGUUUUGGACUGAAGCUGAACUUUACAAUAUUAUAUUUAACCCCGUUUAAAAUUAGCAAUGUUGAGGUGGUAGAACUGACCAAAUGAAAUGAAUCGUAGACGUAUUAUAACCUAUUCCAUUCUACAGGUUAACAUGCUUGGCUCAUGUCUGUUAUUUCCAUAUAGACUAUGUAACUAUUUGUUAAAAAAAUACAAAAUAAAAGUGCAUUUAUUUUA